AUGCCGGUUUCGGCCGAAACGAAAGAUCGACCGACAUCCUCAGGAAUCCUUCGCUCGUGGGGCCGUACUCUAAGCGACAAAGACGAUGCUUGCUCCACUCCUGGGUCAUCAACGUACAAGGAAAAGGAUCGAGAGAUCACCAAGGACUUGGUCCAGGCAAAAGCGUCGCUUGAGGGACGUCAUGCCACCCGUGAAGAGAAGGACAAUGAAAACAUAAUGCCCCCCAAAUCGAAACGGCGGCUUUAUGAGCUCUUCGGAGCCAUAGAGAAGGAAUUCGACAAUCUCUGCCUGGAAAAUCUCACAUUGCGUGACAGAGUGGAAAUGUUGAGUGAACAGCUCCUCAUGGAAAGAGGAGGUCCCCUGACGGGCCCUGCGAGUGGACAUCUUCGUUCCCUCCAGCAAUUGGCGCAAGAUUCUAUCGAGACGGUCGACGGACAAGCACAGACGACGAAAAGCAAAGCGAAACAAGGUAAGUUCCAGUCGGAAGGAUCUCAGCUGAGCCAAAAGAUCAAGUCAACGUACAAAUUGAAAGCAUCCACCUCGCGAAUCGUCUCUUCAUUCAAGACUUCUCAGCUGACGUGUACACCGUUGGCACGAUAUUCGGGCCAUCGAGAUGGGAUCUGGGAAGUGACCUCUCCUUCAAACUCGUCGGUACCGAUCAUUGCGACCGCGAGUGCGGAUCACACAGCGCGCCUAUGGGACGUGGAGACUGGGGUUUGCGUGCUCCAAUACUCGGGACACGGAGGGAGCGUCAACUCGGUCCGUUUCCAUCCAUCGCAACAGUUGAUGUUGACCGCCUCCGGAGAUAAGACUGCGCACAUAUGGCGGGCGAGUCUUCUGUCUAACGCUGCCAACGUAUUUGAGCUUGCCCCGAAAACUCAUUCUUCUGAGGACGAAAUCGACAGCGCUGAACGCGACGAUGGAGAAGCCCUGACAGAUGCCACUUUGGUCAGAAGUCCUGUACUGGAGUUGACGGGCCAUUCGAGCGUCGUCAUUGCUGCCGACUGGCUUGUUAACAGCGAUCAAGUCAUCACAGCGUCCUGGGACCGUAUGGCGUACGUAUACGACGUCAAUACGGGAGACCUCGUCACGCAACUCAUUGGGCACGAUCUCGAAUUGACUCAUCUCGCCGCGCAUCCAUCGCAAAGACUCGUGGUCACUUCAUCGAAAGACACUACGUUCCGUUUAUGGGAUUUCCGGGAAGCGAUCCAUUCCGUUUCAGUGUUCCAGGGACACACCGAAUCGGUGAGUUCCGUGGCGUUCACGGCCGCGGGCGAUCGCGUGGUGAGCGGUUCGGACGAUCGCACCGUGAAAGUAUGGGAGCUGAGAAACAUGCGGAGUCCGCUCUCGGCAGUCAGACUCGAUUCUCCGGUGAACCGGCUCUCGGUUUCGGCGCAGAACAUCAUCGCCAUACCUCACGACAACCGGCACGUGAGACUGUACGAUCUCAAUGGCCAGCGCUUGGCCAGACUUCCUCGAAACAACAGAAUCGGUCAUCGGCGUAUGGUCUGCGCCACAGCAUGGAUGAGCGAAGGCUGCAAAUCAAAAGUUGAUCUUGUUACGUGUGGGUUCGACAAGAUGUGUAUCGGUUGGUCGGUCGUCCCAUCGAAGGAAGCCAAGGAGCCCAAAGAGAAAGACAAAGACAGUCAGCUCAAAAAGGACAGGGAUUAGAGUCAGAACAUCCGAACGACAGGGAAACAUUGUACGCCGACUUGCUCCGGGCUGCGAAACGGGGCACGAAGAUUCCAGACUCGUAAGCGUUUCUGGUCAAGUUUAGAGCUGAUAAAUCAGCAGCGGCGACGACCGAGUGCGAAGGAUGAGAUUUCAUCUCGACAGGUCAAUGCGGACCGAGAAGAGCGCGGCAAAACAAGCCGAGGGCCCUCAGGGUCGAAUCGCUGUGAUGGAACUUUGUUUUGACUACAGAAUCAUCAUUUGAGUUGACGAAAGAACAACUUGGCUUGACAUGCAUAUAAACUCGUAGAUCCUAAGUAAGUAAAAUCGACUAAGUCAGACGUCAGACCUACAUAGACGACUAGCGAAGAAGAUUAUUACGUUUAGAACGACAAUAAUAUAUGGAGGCUACCGAAUUACUCUAGAUCAUGUUCACAAACUGGCAUCACCUAUACUUAUCAGGGUAGCGAUGAACUCUCGGGCCUCGGAUCGCUCGAGAUGCGUAGUUUCGUUGGAAUAGUCUCAGGUCAGCUGGACGAUAGUUCAAGAACCGCUCCCGAGACAUGCAUUACCAAAUCGGCGAUUCUUGAGGAGGAAUCUGAUUCGCAGCAGAACAUUCCGAAAUCAGCGUUGAUCACCUUCCGUGAAUGAACUCGGUUAUUGCGAUUUUGCCCCGACGCGACACCCUUUCAUCCCGACAUUCGAUGAGGGUUUCAAGUGCUCAUCGCUCAAGGCACAGCUCAAGAGAAUUGAAGGCUCGAUUUCCGAGU